AAUCGCAUCGGUUCCUAAAUUUAUUUUUUUCGCAAUUCCCACAGGAUUUAAGCCAUCCAGGCACUUGGAAAUUGCAAAACAUCAUUUCAGUUGUGACGACAGCCUCGAAAAACCCAAAAGUUCAUUGAUGAGCAGUCCCAAACACGUGUCGUCGUCGUCGGAAGAUGGAAUUUUUCGUCGAAAAUUAGAAGGAAGAAGCAAUGAAAAACGAGAAAUGGACCGAAAAGCCUGCAGCGCAGUCCAGCAAUUGCGAAUGAAGAUGCAAACGCAGUGGGAAAAACUUCCAUGGGAGAGACUCAAAAGUGUCAAAUGGAAAAAUGAUCGAGUUACGAAGCAGGGAGCUGCUUAUGUGCCCACAGAGAUCGAACACAUUGCGAAUGUAAUUUCUCACGGCAUCUGGAUAAUUCCGGCAUUUUACGCGUUCCUGCAUCUCCUUCUUCGAAGUCAGAGCUCCUCACAAACACUCGCAGCAAUAAUUUACGGCAUCUCCCUCUCGUCCCUAUUCUUCAUUUCCACAUGUUUCCAUAGCGUUCAUUAUUGUGCGGAGCACACGACGCUCAAAGACACCCUUCAUCGCUGUGAUCGCGCCAUGAUCUACAUUUUCAUCGCCGGUUCGUACUACCCGUGGCUCAGUUUAGGCGAUCCGCUUCACCCGACGAUCUGUUUCGCCUUCAAAUGGGCAAUUUGGAUCCUUGCCGCCCUCGGAAUCCUGUAUCAGCAAUUGUAUCACGAGCGUUUCAAGACUCUCGAAACCGUCUUUUACGUCAUCAUGGGCCUCGGACCGUCUGUCGUGAUAAUUUUGUACGGACACGAGUUCAUGGGCAUGUCGGAACUCAAACUGGGCGGAUUAAUUUACAUCUUGGGCAUUGCGUUCUUCAAGGCAGACGGCAUCAUUCCCUUUGCGCACAGCAUCUGGCAUUUGUUUGUCGUGCUCGCAGCUUCCGUGCAUUAUUAUGCGAUUUUGAAUUAUUUGUAUCCAGACUAAAAGUGAAUGGAAAAUUUGUGAAAAAAUUCUGAUCUCAAUUUUUUUAAGGAAUCGUGUGCAAAAAAUACUCAACAUCACACCGAAAAUUAAUAGUUCAACAGUAGUGCCAACUAAAAGACAAAAAAAUAAACAAAUAGUAACUAAAAAGCUUCCUCGUUAAGCUUUCCAAGAAAAAUUCACCGAUUUUUAGAAAAAUAUUCGAAUUUUGACCAAUAUUGUUAACGAUUUCAUAGAAACCAACAAACUACUUAUAGAAUUAAGAUACAAAAAAAAGAGUGAAAACUUUUUUCAAUACUCGAAAAAAUGAUCGAAGAUCGAGAUUAUUUUUUGUAGUUGUAGAAAAUACGAUUUUAUGUUAUACUAUAUGUUUUCUGUGAGAAAAUCUUUAUUUAUAUGUGCAAAGAAAAAAAAAUGUCUAGAAG